AUGAAUCCAACCAUAUAUCUUCAGCCAUUUUUGGAUUUGAUUCUAUCUGAUGAAACUGGGGCACCAAUCACAGUGGACGCUGUGACUAGCUGCAGAUUCAAGGUGACUGAUCCUGCAUCAGAAGAAGUGGUCCUGACGAAGAUACUCCAGGUGUAUUUUUUCACACCUUCGAGAUGUGGACAACACAGAGUGUUCAUUGGUUACGAGGGGCAGUUCUAUGAAACGAGAUAUAUGAUGGUCAACCAUCUUCUGGAAGUUUCAGUUCUAAUGCUUCCAAUGGAUGAAAAUAUAAUUGCUCUUGGUAAUGGGAUGGAUGCUGCCCCAUAUGAUAUGCAACUGAUGACAGAGCCUUAUGGGGUCCCUUGCAUGGUGGAGAUAUUUCACUUCUUGUGUUCAUUGUUGAAUGUUGUUGAGCACAUGGGAUUGGGUCCCAGAUCAAAUACUAUAGCUUUUGAUGAAGAUUUUUGCCUUGGGUUUGAUCAAUUCAGCAGUUGA